GUUCCUCAGAUCCUUCUUCUUUAAAACCCAUCCAAAAUCCCUAGCCAUUUGCUUAAGCUUAAACGAACUCCCCUGCAUUGUUUCGCUUCAAAAGCAUAGCACUCAUGGCGGCUCAAACCAUGGUUCUUUCCUCCGGUGUGUGCGCCAGCCAUGGCGUGGCGUUGAAGAGAGAAAUCGCUUCGUUGACGCGGAGACUUAGACCUAACGCCCAAUCUAGUCGCUUGUUUUUCAAUCCUCUGCCUUCUAGUUCCGUUUCUUUACCUGCUCGUGGAUUUAGGACUCUUGCGAUCUUUAAAUCGAAGGCGAAAGUGCCGGCGAAGAAGGUUGUGAAACCGAAGGAGAAGGUUGAAGACGGCAUUUUCGGGACGUCUGGUGGCAUUGGUUUCACUAAGCAGAAUGAACUGUUCGUCGGCCGUGUCGCCAUGAUCGGCUUUGCUGCGUCGUUGCUAGGAGAGGGAAUCACCGGAAAGGGAAUUCUGGCUCAACUGAAUUUAGAAACUGGAGUUCCAAUUUACGAAGCGGAGCCUCUUCUUCUGUUCUUCAUCUUAUUCACUCUUCUCGGAGCCAUCGGAGCGCUAGGAGACCGUGGAAAAUUCAUCGACGAUCCAGAACCAGCCACCGGACUGGAACGCGCCGUCAUCCCUCCUGGCAAGGGCCUCAGAUCGGCGCUAGGUCUCAAAGAAGGAGGUCCGUUGUUCGGAUUCACGAAGGCAAAUGAGCUGUUCGUCGGAAGAUUGGCGCAGCUAGGGUUUGCGUUCUCGCUGAUCGGAGAAAUUAUUACAGGUAAGGGAGCGUUGGCGCAGUUGAACAUUGAGACGGGAGUGCCGAUCAAUGAAAUUGAGCCGCUUGUUUUGUUGAACGUUCUGUUUUUCUUCAUUGCUGCUGUGAAUCCUGGAACUGGUAAAUUCGUCACUGACGAGGAAGAGGAUUAAUGAAUAGAUCGAUUCUGCUUUAGCUUCUCUGUACAUGAACUUAGAGUUUCUGCAGUUUUAGCGUAUUUAUUUUGCA